UUACAUUGCGGUGGGCUCCACGUAACUUCCGCGACAGAAAUUCUGUUGGCGGGGCGCAGGCAAUUCGCGUACCCUCUUCCUCGUUCAAAAAAACCCCUCGUGCCAUUUUCCUCACUCCCGUCUUGGCUUCAAAACCCUAAACCCUAGCCAUGCCUUCUCCUUCUUCACUCCUCCUCCUAGAACGUUCUAGAACCUUCUCGAACCUCCUCCGCUCCAACUUCUCCUUCAUCCGCCGCAUGGGCGGUGGGCCUCGCACCUUCCCUGGCGGCCUCAACAAAUGGCAGUGGAAACGCCUCCACGAGAAGAAAGCCAAGGAAAAGGAGCAGAAGCUCCUCAGACACGAGAAACAACUUUACGAAGCUCGAAUCCGUUCCGAGAUUCGUGCGAAGCUUGCCGGAAGAUCAGAUCCUCCUUCCGACGGCCCAGAUGCGUCAAAAAGUUUCAGCGCGAUGACGCCGAAGGACCACGUGAAAGCCCUUGCUGAUCGGUUUAUGAAAGAAGGAGCUGAAGAUCUCUGGAAUGAAGAUGAUGGCCCAGUGAAACCGCCCAAUCCUCGGUCUCGUCCGAUGAUCAGAUCUGCUGAUUCACCGCUCGAUUUGGGCAAGAUUGUCUCGGGCCAGCACGAUUUUGAUCUGUCGGGCCGGAGGCAUUACACGGUGGAGGCAGGAAGGAGAUCAAGAUCGAGGGUUGGAUUUAGGGUGACAGGGAGUUCGUCAAGUGGUGAUGAGGGGGAUUUUGGUUUCCAAGCGGCUGGGAGUUCGAGGUGGCCGAGGUUUAAGACUGACAAGGGGGAGCCGAAUUCAGAAGGGAGGAUUAGCCGGAAGAAGUUGAUGAGUAGCGCUGCUUUGGGGGAGUAUGAUGCGAAGGUGAAGAGGUGGGCCCCGAAGGCUUAUGAAAGAGGGGAUGUGCUUUCAGAGGAAGUUCGGUUGAUCCGGGAUGAGGUGAAUCUUAGGAAUUUAGCUGGGAAUGAACACAAAAGGAAUGAAGAGAAAGAGGAGUCACUUCUUAGUCAGAAGAGGUUUGAUGAGUGCAAUAUUUCUCCAUUGACAAUCAAGGCACUUUCUUUGGCUGGUUAUGUGCAGAUGACCAUGGUGCAAGAGUCUGCACUUCCUUCUUGUCUUGAUGGAAAGGAUGUUUUAGUCAAAGCCAAAACAGGCACGGGCAAGAGUGCAGCAUUUUUGCUUCCUGCAAUUGAAACAGUUCUUAUGGCCACAAGUAGCAGUAUGAAUCAGAGGGUGCCGCCAAUACUUGCUCUUGUUCUUUGUCCCACAAGGGAGCUUGCCAGUCAGAUUGCUGCAGAGGCAAAUGUGUUUCUGAAAUACCAUGAUGGCAUAGGUGUCCAAACACUAAUUGGAGGUACACGGUUCAAGAUUGAUCAGAAACACCUCGAAUCAGAUCCUUGCCAGAUUAUAGUGGCAACUCCUGGAAGGUUAUUGGAUCACAUUGAGAACAAAUCUGGCUUCUCAAUGCGUUUGAUGGGUCUUAAAGUACUUAUACUUGAUGAAGCUGACCACUUAUUAGACUUGGGGUUUCGGAAGGAUAUAGAGAAAAUCGUUGAUUGUGUGCCACGUCAGAGACAAUCCUUGCUGUUUUCUGCCACAAUUCCUAAAGAGGUUCGCCGAAUUUCACAGCUUGUUUUGAAAAGGGAUCAUGUUUUUAUUGAUACAGUGGGCUUAGGCGGCCUUGAAACUCAUGCCAAGGUUUUGCAGUCAUAUCUAGUUGCACCGCAUGAACAUCAUUUUCAUAUAGUUCAUUACCUUUUGAAGGAGCAUAUAACACGGGUGAUUGACUACAAGGUCAUAGUUUUCUGCACAACUGCAAUGGUCACAUCUCUCUUGUUCCUACUUCUCCGAGAGCUGAAGAUGAAUGUUAGGGAGAUGCACUCCCGAAAACCUCAGCUUUAUCGAACCCGAAUAUCAGAUGAGUUCCGGGAAUCCAAGCGGUUGAUUCUUGUUACAUCAGAUGUUUCAGCUCGUGGAAUGAAUUAUCCUGAUGUUACUCUAGUGAUUCAGGUGGGUAUACCUACUGACCGGGAACAAUACAUCCAUCGGCUUGGAAGGACAGGGCGUGAGGGCAAAGCUGGAGAAGGCAAAGUGGUGCUUGCACCAUGGGAAGAAUAUUUUUUGGAUGAGAUCAAAGAUCUGCCCCUUGAGAAGUCUCCCUUGCCGCAUUUAGAUUCAGAUCUCAAAGCGAAGGUGGAGGAAUCAAUGGCACGGAUCGAUACCAGUGUCAAGGAAGCAGCAUAUCAUGCAUGGCUCGGGUUCUAUAAUUCAAUCAGGGAAAUAGGAAGGGAUAAAACCACGCUAGUAGAACUGGCUAACCGGUUUGGUGAUUCGAUUGGUUUGAUGACGACUCCUGCACUCUUCAGGAAGACGGCAAACAAGAUGGGCUUGAGGGACAUCCCUGGCAUUCGAAUCAGAAAGUAAAGCAUGUAUCUUAAACUAUGCAAUACUUUUCUGGGGACUGCUCGACAAAUGCCAAAUAAUUGAACAUUGAGAGGAUGCUCACGUCUGGUUCAGUUAUAUAAUAUGCUUUCAGCAGCAGGCCAUGAUCAGGAGUUCCGGACACAAAGUUUGUCAGACACGGACACGGUUCUGAUUUCACCCCCUCACACCACUGGCUGCAAAACUGGUUCUGCAGAUCCUACUUCUCAAAGUUCACCUUGCCCUCUCCCAAGACAGAUACAAUGUUUUCUUGUAUUAUAGUCCCGAAAUUCCCUUCUGAGCUAAUAAUCUUAUAGUGUUAUAUGGCAGGCAUUAGAUGUGUGAUGUCUGAAAGUUUUCAAUUGAUGUUAUGAACUUGCUGAGUUGGAACUCGUCUGAGUCGACUCAGAUUUGGACUAGUUGUUGUUGUAACCAAUACCAAUUUUGUAAGACAUGCCUGGUAAUCGAAGGAAAACUCUUUUGCCUGACUACCAUGGCAGUCGCCCAAGAGCACGCCCAACGCUUAUGUGAGGGAAACGGCCUUAAAUGCAUGAGAUCCACUCACCAGUAGUAAGGCUAUGAGGACGGGCGCGUCUGAUUAUGGAAUUCGCUCUGGUGAAAGGUUGGAAACUGAAAGACUAAUUUCCGUUUGAAUUUCGGUUUGGGAACAUUGUUGUGAUCUGAGUCCUUAUGUAAGUCAUAUUAAUGAGUGUUUUUAACUGAUCAAUUUGGACUGUUGAUCUAAUCAUUCAUUUUGGAUGUCACUUAUCAUA